CUGGGACAUGUAUGGAUGAUACGUAGUGUCUGCAGGCAGUAGAUGUGAUCAUCAUUGACUGGUAUAUAAACCUUUCCUCACUUCCGCCUGUCGUCACCUCAACCUCACUCUUCCCUCACCACAACCUCACUUUCACCUUGUACCGUCUACCUCCCACCCCCCCUUUCCGCCUUUCCCACCUUAUAGAUUUCCCAUCUGCGAUCCGCUGCAGUCUUCUCCCUUCUCUUGUUCCCUCCACCAUGUCGUCCACGGCCCAGGAGGAUGUCUCUGUCGAGAGCAUCUCGUCCUUUGGCAAAGCCCGCUCUACCGUCAAGGGCGAGCCUCUCAGCAGCGACGAGCUGAAGCUCCAGGAUGACUACAUGCGAGCCAGUCUCUAUCUCUGCCUUGGCAUGCUUUAUCUCAAGAAGAACCCCCUCCUCAAAGAGCCGCUCACGGUCGAAGAUCUGAAAGCCAGACUCCUCGGGCACUGGGGUUCUGACGCCGGGCAAGUCUUCACCUAUGUCAACAUGAACCGCCUGAUCAAAAAGUAUGACCUUGAUGUAAUCUUCGUUUCCGGACCGGGACACGGCGCCCCCGCCGUGAUUUCUCAGGCCUAUCUGGAGGGCGUCUAUAGCGAAGUUUACCCGGACAAAUCCGAAGAUGAAGAAGGCAUGCGGAAGUUCUUCAAGCAGUUCUCUUUUCCUGGGGGCAUUGGUAGCCAUGCCACGCCCGAGACGCCGGGCAGUUUGCACGAAGGAGGUGAACUCGGCUACAGUAUUUCACAUGCCUUCGGAACCGUUUUCGACCACCCCAAUCUGAUCGCUUUGACCAUGGUCGGCGAUGGUGAGUCCGAGACUGGUCCUUUGGCAACCAGCUGGCACAGCACCAAGUUCCUCAAUCCAAUCACCGACGGGGCCGUUCUCCCUGUUCUUCACCUCAAUGGCUACAAGAUCAACAACCCCACCAUUCUCGCCCGUAUCAGCCACAAAGAGCUGGAGGCGCUGUUCAUCGGUUAUGGAUGGACGCCGUAUUUCGUCGAAGGAAGCGAUCCUCUGAGCAUGCACCAGGCAAUGGCUGCCACCCUGGAAAAGUGCGUCUUGGAGAUUCGAGCCCACCAGAAGAAAGCACGGGAUUCCGGAAAGGCGUUCCGGCCUCUAUGGCCCAUGAUCGUCCUUCGAAGCCCCAAGGGCUGGACAGGGCCACGAAUAGUGGAUGGGCACUACCUCGAGGGCUUCUGGCGAGCCCAUCAGAUUCCCCUCCCAGAUGUUGCGUCUAGUCACGCACACCUGAAACUCCUGGAACAGUGGAUGAAGAGCUAUACGCCCGAGAAGUAUUUUGGAGAGGACGGCAAAUUGAUCCCAGAUCUCAAGAAGCUUGUCCCGGCAGGCAACCGGCGGAUGAGUGCUAACCCUAUCGCUAACGGUGGACUCUUGAAGAAGCCGCUGCUCAUGCCCGACUUCCGCAACUACAAGCUGGCUUGUGAGAAAGGAGGCAUCACAGAAGCACCCAGCAUGUCGAACAUGGCCAUCUUCCUGCGAGACAUCGUCGCGAAGAACCCACACAACUUCCGUCUUUUCGGACCUGAUGAGACAGAAUCCAACAAGCUUGCCGGCGUCUACGAGGCUGGUAAGAAAGUGUGGAUGGGCGAAUAUUUCGAAGAAGACGAAGACGGUGGCAACCUGGCCUUCGAUGGCCGUGUCAUGGAAAUGCUCAGCGAACAUACUGUUGAAGGUUGGCUCGAAGGCUACCUCCUAUCUGGCCGCCAUGGGAUGCUCAACAGCUACGAGCCCUUUAUCCACAUCAUCGACUCAAUGGUCAACCAGCACUGCAAGUGGAUUGAGAAAUGCCUCGAAGUCGAAUGGCGUGCCAAGAUUGCGUCUCUCAACAUUUUGUUGACGGCCACCGUCUGGCGCCAGGACCACAACGGCUUCACCCAUCAAGAUCCCGGCUUCCUGGAUGUCGUGUGCAACAAGUCUCCCGAAGUCGUCCGCAUCUACUUGCCGCCCGAUGGAAACUGUCUGCUCUCCGUGAUGGACCACUGCUUCCGAAGCAGCAACUACGUCAACGUCAUCGUUGCCGACAAGCAGAAUCACUUGCAAUAUCUCGACAUGGAUGCCGCCAUCGAGCACUGCACCAAGGGCGCCGGCAUCUGGGACUGGGCAUCCAAUGACCAGGGUCAAGAGCCCGACGUCGUCAUGGCGUCCUGUGGCGACGUGCCGACCAUGGAAGCCCUGGCCGCGACUGCGCUGCUCCGCGAGUACAUUCCCGAGCUCAAGAUCCGCUUUGUCAACGUGGUGGAUCUCUUCAAGCUGAUCCCGGAGCACGACCACCCGCACGGCAUGUCGCAGCGAGAAUUCGAGGCCAUCUUCACACCCAACAGACCCGUCAUCUUCAACUUCCACUCGUAUCCCUGGCUCAUCCACCGGCUGACGGCCCAGCGCCCCAGCCAAGCCAACCUGCACGUGCGCGGCUACAAUGAGAAGGGCAACAUCGACACCCCCCUCGAGCUCGCCAUCCGCAACCGCACCGACCGGUUCAGCCUCGCCAUUGAGGCGCUGGACAGAAUGCCCGAGUUGGGCAACAAGGGCGCCAGCGCCAGGGAGAAGCUGCUCAGCUCGCAGAUCAAGUACCGCACCGCGGCCUUCAACGAUGGCAUCGACCCCGAGGAGAUCAGGAAGUGGGUGUGGCCCUUUUAAGUCGAUGGUAGUGCGGCCCCGGGCGGCCAAGCGGAAAGCAAACGGAUCUCCUACAGACAUGGACCUCGAGGCCGGGGAGAUGAGAUUUCCUACCAAAAGGCGACAUGAUUCACGAACUUGGAUCGCGCGCGAGGGAGGGGGACCAUAAUAGAUUAUUAUCACGAAGGGUUUACCAUUAGAAGGAAUCGGUUGUAAUUCGUCGCAACGUUGUUGCAUGAUUGGUUAGACUCCCCGUGCAGCGCGCGCCCUUUAUUAUCCCAAACCACACGAUGCACCCACCGUCAGAUAGAAUGAAUACACUUUUGAUGUACGCGAGGCUGAAGACUUCUCGCGAUGAUGUUCGCCCCUCCUUCAGCCUUCUCAAGACUGUAAUGACCACUCGAAUCGACGAGCGAACUAUAUACCUACCUUUCUUUGAC